AUGGUAUGGACGCAAAACUACAACCGUUUUCCGAAUCAGUGGUGGCCUGGCAACUCAGGCAUGUGUUGCGACUACUGCGGCUGGUACAAUUGUCUGACCAGUGUCCCUGUUUAUCCCACCUAUCCACCGCCACUGUCAACGCCACCACCACCCGUUCAAACCAUAUGCAAGUAUGGGGAGCCGCAGAAAAACUCGUACGGGCAGACGGUGUUGUGUAAUUUCGACGAGAAGAUUUGUAAUUUUGGUUUCUGGUGUCACAGAGGAGCAUUCAUUGAAACGACAGUCUGCUGUCCCAAAGCAAAUUGUAAUAUUUGCAGAAAAUAA